ACACAGACGGAUCAGCCUACGUUUGGGGGCUUCUGGGUCACGUGCACUAAUGCCCUCUCUCCCUCUCUCUCUUUUUUCUGUAUUCCUCCCCUUCCUGUAUUUCUCUAUUUCUCCCUCUCUCAUAUUUGAAUUUUUUUCUGUUCUUUCUCUGUUCCUGUUGUUUCCUUCUUGUUUUCUCCCUAAAUGUCAAUGUCCGUUGCCAUGUUGUCUUCCUUAAUCUGCUCCUCUGUUUUUCUUUCUUCCUUUUUUUUUUCUUUUUUGAGAUGGAGCCUCGCUCUGUCAUCCAGGCUGGAGUGCAGUGGCAUGAUUUCGGCUCACUGCGACCUCUACCUCCCAGGUUCAAGCGAUUCUCAUGCCUCAGCUUUGCAGGUAGCUGAGAUUACAGAUGCCUGCACCUGGCUUAUUUUUGUAUUUUUAGUAGAGACAAGGUUUCACCAUGUUGGCCAGGCUGGUCUUGAACUCCUGACCUCAAGUGUUCCCCCUGCCUCGGCCUCCCAAAAUGCUGAGAUUACAGGCAUGAGCCAUCAUCCCCAGCCUUCUCUCUUCUUAAUAAUGGCUUUCUAUGUCUUUCACUUCUCUGAUACCCUCACUCUGUUUCUCCAUGACUUUCCUAUUCCUAUUUUGUUAUCUUUUUUUAUUGCCGUUUCUUUCUGCUUUUCUGUUUAUCACUUGCUGGCUACUUGCCUUUCUCUAUUCUCUGUCUCUGUCCCUGUUUCUUCUGUUUCAAGGUCAAUGGUUCUCUGUCUCUAUCUCUCUGUUUCUGCCUCUCCAUCUGUCUUUUGUUUCCCUUGCAUGCAGAGCCCCAGCCUGUGGAUCAUGGCAAAUCUGAGCCAGCCCUCUGAAUUCGUCCUCUCGGGCUUCUCCUCCUUUGGUGAGCUGCAGGCUCUUCUGUAUGGCCCCUUCCUCGUGCUUUAUCUUCUCGCCUUCAUUGGAAACACCAUCAUCAUAGUUAUGGUCAUAGCUGACACCCACCUACAUACACCCAUGUACUUCUUCCUGGGCAAUUUUUCCCUGCUGGAGAUCUUGGUAACCAUGACUGCAGUGCCCAGGAUGCUCUCAGACCUGCUGGUCCCCCACAAAGUCAUUACCUUCAGUGGCUGCAUGGUCCAGUUCUACUUCUACUUUUCCCUGGGUUCCACCUCCUUCCUCAUCCUGACAGACAUGGCCCUUGACCGCUUUGUGGCCAUCUGCCACCCACUGCACUAUGGCACUCUGAUGAGCCGGGCUGUGUGUGUCCGGCUGGCUGGGGCUGCCUGGGCAGCUCCAUUCCUAGCCAUGGUACCCACUGUCCUCUCCCGAGCUCAUCUUAAUUACUGCCACGGCAACGUCAUUAACCACUUCUUCUGUGACAAUGCACCUCUCCUGCAGUUGUCCUGCUCUGACACUCGCCUGUUGGAAUUCUGGGACUUUCUGAUGGCCUUGGCCUUUGUCCUCAGCUCCUUCCUGGUGACUCUCAUCUCCUAUGGCUACAUAGUGACCACUGUGCUGCGGAUCCCUUCCGCCAGCAGCCGCCAGAAGGCUUUCUCCACCUGCGGGUCUCACCUCACACUGGUCUUCAUUGGCUACAGUAGUACCAUCUUUCUGUAUGUCAGGCCUGGCAAAGCUCAUUCUGUGCAAGUCAGGAAGGUUGUGGCCUUGGUGACUUCAGUUCUCACCCCCUUCCUCAAUCCCUUUAUCCUCACCUUCCGCAAUGAGACAGUUAAAACAGUGCUAUAG